CUGCGGCUGCAGUACAGACUGUGUGGCUGCAACAACAGAGGGGGUGUCGCCUUCUCUGCCUGCAACAUGGCUGAAGCCAUAAGCAAGCGUCACAUGUCGCUGGAGAAGCGUCAGUCAGCACAGCAGCUGUGUUUGAUCCCGUGUGCGCUUUAAUAAAAGGCCAAACAAACGGAUUAUUUUUACCUUAUUCAGCCAUUCUACUUUCUCAACGUCUGGAAAGUUGACCUGCGGUGAUGGAAAAAAAGGACAUAGUUAAGGUGGGUCCCAACAUUAGGUAUGCUUUGCACUAUCGAAUGAGAACCAAUACAAGAGCUGUGUCAGAAACACCAACUUUGAGAAGAUUAUCAUACUUAGUUCAUAUGCUGUUUACUGUUGUUGCUCACCCGCAACCCUGAUGAGAACAAGUAAAUGGAUGGAUGGAUGAAUGAAUAAAUAAAUACACGUAGUAUUACAAACAUCUCUCAGUAUGAUGCACUGCAAAAUGAAAGGCGAAGGUGUACCUAAUGCUGACUUGUGAAUAUCCACGACACAAGUUAAUCAUUAUUGUCGCAGUGUUUCUUUAAAUCAGGUUUAAUACCUUAGGGCAGGUGUGUCAAACUCAUUUUUGUCAUGGGCCACAUUUGGAGUCACGGUUUCCCUCAGAGGGCCGUCGACUGUCAAACCAUAUAAAUGUUUAGUCACCUCAUUAUUACAUACACACAACAAACUGAUGGAUACCUAGUUUUGAAAUCAGAAGUCAAGGAUAAUAGUUUGCUCAACUAUUGUUCAAGUUACCAUGAACAGAAAAUGCUUGCAAUGUCUCAACGCUACUAUUUAUUGUUAUUAUUUUAUGAGAAUUUGAGCAAUAAUCGUGGAAGUUGACACAGAUGAUUUGCUUUCGCGGGCCACAUAAAAUGACUUGGCGGGCCAGAUUUGGCCCCCGGGCCUUGAGUUUGACACCUGUGCCUGAGGGUUUCCAAACAAAAACACAACAGUAUGGAAAUAAAAUAAAACAUCAACGCGUUAUAGCACAGAAUAACUUCGUCGAAGAGUUUUCUCUCUUGGCAUUUCGUGCAUGUGAGGAAAGAAGCCUCCGUAUGCAGAGAUGACCAUUUCUCAGUAGGCUUGAGGCAUUCUGUCUGUUUGCCAGCAUCGUCGUGGAAAACCACUCAGACAGCAAGUAUCCACCCACAGGACCUCACUCAGUUGGGUGUGGCCUCACACAAGAACUCGUGGCUCGAUCUGCAUGUCCAUUUUGGGCUCGUGCUCUCGGGAUGUACUCGUCUGACAGAAACAUUGAAUCCACUUUGAGAGUAGGAUAUUGCGCUUAAAAUGUUGUGGUUUUUUUCUUGUUUCUUAAUUUGUCCAUGCUUUCGUCUCAAAUCAUGUAAACGCUCAUUUGUUUCGAGUGAUGCCAACAAGUAUCAAACUGUAUUAUUCAACACAAUAAGUUAAAUACUGUGAGGAUGGCCCAGGAGUUUUCACUGCGGACUGUUUUGCUCUGAUCAUUCUUCUUUUGCUUUCUUUAAUGUCCGCUGCUUAUGUAGUGCAAUUCAAUCAAGCUGAUGUGCGCACACGUGAGCGGGACAUCUCUUACCCACGCAGGUAGGUCUCGCUUGAUUUUGGACAUUUUCAAGUCGCCGAGCUCCUGCUCGUCGCCGAGCAGCUGCAUGGCCGACCUGAGCCUCUCUUCCUUGGCCUCGCGGGCGUGCUUCCAUCCCGUGUACACCACCAUACCGCACACCAGCAGACUGGUGCUGACCCUGUAGUACCCGGCCAGGUAGACGGGCAGCAAAGCGCCCAGACACUUCCCGAACGUCCACAGCACCGCAACGGCGUUAAUCCCCUUGGCCCGGGGAACAGGCUGCACUUCGCUGCCCUGACUCGGUGCGCUCUUCUCGGGCUCGUUUGGGCCCGAACCCUCGGCGACCAUCGGCUCACUCGCCUCGGAUUGUUCGCUCUGCAUUGUCCUUUUAGUCUUUGGACUCCCAGAUGAAUGACUUAAUAAUACACAACGACUGGAACAAAACAACAAUUAUUUCAAUGCGUCAAGCCGUUGAAGUAAAAGGAAAGUACCGAAACACGGAUCCUCGCUGCUUUCUUUAAGGCCCGAAGCGCACAUUGAAUACGAUUGCUAAAUCCGCCAGGUUGAGGUGGUUUCGCAGGAGAGUCUCUGCCGCCGCCGCUGCUGCUGCUGCGAGUUGUGUUCCUCUUACUUGCCCUGUCCCGUUAUCUCGCUGAAAACACGCCCUCUGCAGCACAUUCCCAUCCUUGACUGCUUACUUGGACCAAACCAUGCAAAGUCCAUUUGGCCAAACUGCCGCAGCUUGGAGACAACUUUGUUCAAUUAAAAUGGAUUAUGCAUACUAGGCUGCAUCAGGUAGUCGUUAACACUCAAGACGACAAAGUCUGUCGUUAUAAAGAUGUUAAUGCGCAGUUGUGACAAAAAAAAAAGUGGUAGCAAUGGUGUAGAAUUGCACUAUAUUGGGAUCUGAGAUAUCAUUAUUUGGCCUGUCAAACAGCCACAAUAGACACGUUCAAUUAAAAAUAAAUCAACGAUUAUGCACCCAAUUGCAUGGCUCAUACGUUUUCUAAAUUAUAUUCAAUCUAUCCCCACAACUUGUUAACAGCAGCAAAUGGGCAUUACUUAACUCAACCAGUGUUUGUUGAGACACACACGGAUGUCGUUCUGCUGUGGAAGUAAAAGCUAUUAUACGAAGUUUAUACAAUGUAACUCCACCCACUCAACUCAAAGCAAAGGAAUGUUUUGCUCCCGGUGAUCACACAGUAUUUAUUUUCUAUGUGUGCGUACACUCUCAAAAACAUAACGACGCUCACUUGCUGUUGAAUGGUCGCAGUUCAGCUAGUGUGCGAAUUAUAUUCACACAAAAUGUAUCUAGUUUGUGUUAACAAAAAUCUGACCUUCGCUUUUUGCAAAAGCAGUUUCUGUAUUUUGUGUACAGAAGGCAAAAUAAUCAAAGCGGAGUUUAUUCAGUAAUGUAUAACACCUCUCUGUGCAAGGGGGGCAGAAGUCUCUAUACUUCCCUCUAGAGGAGAAUCACAUCACUGAAGAGAAUUUUAUAAAGCAGAAUUACAAGAACAAUUUCAGUUACACAACACAAGAAAAAAAAUGGAAUAAAAAAAAUAUUGAGACGAAGUGAUUUUUUUUAAAUUCCCAAGAAUAGCUGUAUUUUUAAACAGGUGAAUCUGCAAACAAAGGCAUCAGUCUGAGACCAGCAGCCACCAGAGGCAACUACUGUAGAUACCCACCAUAUACUGGAAUAUUAAUAAUUGUUUAAAGGGUUUUGGUGGCUGAUGAUCAAACAAACCGAACAAAAGGGAAAUGAUGAGACAAUUUAGUUGUAUUAUUUCAACUUUAUUCUCGAAAUAAUUUACUGUCAAUCAAGUCCUGUUCUUGUAUUGUUAUAUAAUUUCUUUGUUUUCAACGUGGCCCCAAUAGAGUCAGUUUUAAAAUCUCCAUAGAGGACGCUUCAGGCCAUGUUAUGACCAUUUAUCAGGUAAUAUGAGGCAGAGUGGUUAUCCUCAUGCUCUGACUGGCGAUUGGGUACGACACCAUGGGCGUAGUGGCGUGGCUCAUCGUGAUGCCCGGCAGAGGCUGCGUCAUGGACACGGCCACCGGAGCCACGGACACGGCCACCGGCGCCAUAGAAACAGGAGGCGCCAUCCCCUGGGCGAUGGUCUGCGCGAGAGCAGCCGACAGCGGGGUGAUUUCGGGGUUGAGGUGAGGGGGCGGCGCCGUCUGGGGUGCGGCAUUGGUGGGGGGCGCCACGGGGGCGCCGGUGGGCGCCACCAGGUCCUGCUGGGUGACGGGUCGAGGCUGCAGCCCGGUGCUGCUCAGCGUGGUGUGAGUCUGGGCGAUGCUGUGAUUGUAUGAGCUGACCGCACCCACAGGGGCUGCAAGAGUCUGCUCAGCGGGGGAAGGCGUGGAGGACAGCGCCAUCACUUUAGCCUGACUUCGGAAUUGGGCGUUCUGCUCAAGGAGAACCUCGUUUGUUGCAAUAAGGUUGGAAACCUAAGAGAAGAGGAUGUCAAUUAGUAAGCAGCAGAAGUUUUUGUUUAUAUAUAUAUAUAUAUAUAUAUAUAUAUAUGAAAAAUAAAUAAAUAAAUCACCAUCAUGAUAUGAUUCCCUUGGAAUCUAAAAUAAGUGACACAGUCAUUACUACCUCCACCAAUGGACGUUUUCAUCAGCAUGGGAUUAUCACAUGAAUUUGAUGAUGGCUAGGUGUAUUUCAAGGCUUUUACAUUUUGGGAGAGUCCAUGCAUUACUACACAUGGUAAAUUAUCCAUACAGUGGAUAAGUCUGAUGGGGGGAAAAAAAAAAAAAAAAAAAAAAAGUUAAAUCACUUUGAGACCUAUAACCUGAACAACUUAACUGGAAAAAAAGGAACACUUUAAAGUGACGUAAAAACAAACUGAAAUAAUGGUUUAUCUUGGUCUGAUUUUUUAAAAUCACAAAAACCUGGCAUUUGAACAGGAGUGUGAAGAAUUUUGUAUUUUACAAUGAAUGAUUUAAAAAAAAAAAAAAAAAAAAAAGCAUCUCUGGUCAUUUUGAUCUGAUUUCUUUUUGGGAAUAUUAGCCUAAAUUUUUGUUGUUGCGCCCAUAACAUUUUGUUGAGAAGGAAUUUAUUGUCAUCAUGAAAAACUAAAUUAGUGUUGCCCCGCCUCUUUCUGCAAUUAUCCUCAAUUAUUUGCUGCAAACUCUUAAUUGCUGUUUCAAUUGCUGUUUCUGUGCCAAAAGCCCCGUUUAAUACAACAGUAGCGCAAUCAUGUAGCAUCUAUAUGUAAUCCUCCCCGCGAAUUGCGGGGGGAUUACUGUUAACUAAUUUUAUUUUACUUGUUCUAACCUGUUUCUUCAACUCUGCCACUCUCUUCCUCAGUAGGUUGUUUUCCUCCUCCAAGAACCUGUAUUCUAGAGAGCGUGUGGGCAAGGUGGCCUGGACUCCGAGGUCAUAGUGUCCACCGACGCUGCCGUCUGCCAGUCGCAGGCCUUCCAGCCGCCGCCUCUUGAUCUGAAGAGCAGUGUGCUCUAGUGAGCUGUCCAAUGCUGUGGAAUCAAAGAGCCCGCUCUCAAGCAAGGGGUCGUACACAGACAGCGAACUCCUGUCGUACCGCCUCUGCCCAGAGGGACCUAUUGCUAGACAGCCACCGAUUCCUCCCGCACCAACACCCCCGACUCCAGCCAGGCUUGGAUCUCUGCAACCACCCAAACUUGGGCAGCCCAUCCCCAUGAUAUUAUUGCCACUCACACCUCCUACAAGUCCUGGAAUCCCCCCACAUGUUCCCCCUCCACCUCCUCCACCACCUACGCCACUUCCUGCAUUCACCAUUCCACCUGCACCAGGCCCGAUCACACCACCCCCUCCCACCCUGGCAGGUUCAUAUUCAUAGUCUUUUUUGACAUGGCGAAAUUUACACUUAUUGCCCCUCUGGCACUCGCCCUUCAGGAAGUCUCUGCAGAUUGGGACCUCCCCCCUGCUAUGCGGCAGAUCCGUUGGUGAGAGGCCAAGUCGUGCUGCAACCUUUCCUCUGAGUCCAAGUGGCAGUUCUCCACUUUUCUUAUAACAGUCCUCAUCCUCUUUAGAUCCAUGUACAAAGCGACAGUUGGAGCGCAAGCACUCUUUAUUCUGGUAAUCAUGGCAGAAGAUGAAUUCAUUCUUUUGCACCCCCAAGUCCGGUACCUCAUUAAAGUCAGGAUGCUUGAAGCGACAACGCUUCCCUCUCUUGCAGACAUUGCGUAUGAAAUCCCUGCAGACCCCGUCCGGUGUCAGUCCAGCGCCUUGCACAGUACCGCCACCAUUACCACAAUUAUUUCCAUUGCCUAGCGCCCCUCCUCCACCCAUGCCACCAACACCCCCUCCUGAACCUCCUCUGCCCUCUGCAGCGCAAGCAGAGCCCGGUCCUCCCUCCUCGCUCAGAUUCCCACCACUCCCACCACCACCUGACAGGUAGGAGCCGUCCCGAUCAGGCAUGGCGCUGGGACCAGCUCGAGGAGAAAACAGCACUCAUGUGUAUGAGGUCUGCAGUACUCUGGCGACGCUUUACAUCCGGGGAAGUCAUGAAUUGAUUAUUCUCUUGGCUACAGCCUGUUUCUGUUGAGACCUGUAAAAUAAACGAGGGAACGUAAUUAGACUUCAUUAAAACGGUUAGGGGGUUGCCCCCGUUUUCUCUGGGGUCUUCUGGCCAUUCGGGCCAGGCCCGCAGGAGUAUUGGCUAGUUGUUGCAUAGUACAGGUUAAACAUAAAUGAAUAAAUAAAAGUAACAAGAUAUGAAGGUUUACAAUGACGAUCCAGUUCGGUCAGGAAAAUAACAGGUGCCGAACCCAAGGUCCGUGGACCAGAUCUGGCCCUCCAUGCCAGUUUAUGUUCCCACAUGCGAAAGCUUGGGGUAAUUUUUUACAGUUAAAACGCAGGAUAUACAAGAUGCGUCAGAGAAGUUUCAGGACUGGUAUCACAAAAGAUAUAUUUCAAAUCCAAACUAUCCUUUGAAGUAACCCCCCUGGAGUAUAAUUCAUUUUCAAAACCAUCUCAGCCACACCUGCAUACACUACUGGAAGGAUUCUUCAAGGAUCCUCCACAGCUGCAUCGUCCACAUCUUCAAAACAGGUCCCCUUGAUGACCCUGUGGAGCUUGGGAAAGAGAGAAACAAAAUCACACUGAGCCAGGUCGGAUGAGUAGGGUGGUUGCUCCAGCAAAGCAAUGUUCUUCUCGGCCAGGAACUGUCAGAUGCUCAAGGCAUUGUGAGCAGGAUUGCUGUCAUGGUGAAGCAGCCACGUUGUCCUGCCACGACUCUCGCCUCUUCUCAUGAACUGAAUUACGCAAACGCCACAGGAUCUUUUUGUAGACCAGCUGAUUGAUCGUACAGCUCACAUUGAUGGGGAAAACUUCUGGAAUAUAUCUUCUGGGACCAGUCAUGGAACUUCUGGGACCAGUCAUGGAAUUUUUCUGAUCAUUUCCAAAAAAGACAAAGCAGUGAUGCGGAACCUUCAUAAAAAGAAACGAUUUAAACUGUUACAUGUCCCUUUCCCCCCCGUCCUUGUUACGCCAAACAUAAGCAGUUUGGUUUACAUUUAGUUACCUUGCUGUACCCAAAGUGAACGAGUUUAUUACGUGUGUCAAAGCGAGUUUGACACCCCUGUUACUUAAACAAAAAAAAAGUGAUACAACAAGUCAACAAUGAACGCUAGCUUCCCUGAUGCACUAGCAUAUCGGGACGUGCGAUCAAAUAUUUGAACAAAUGCUUGAUUGGUAGUGACAUUACUCAGUAAGCAUGCAAAUAGCCUUUUCUUUUGCCUUCAUUUCGGACCAUUCUUGGAACAAGCUAAGUUGGGUCAUAAAAUCAUGCUUGCUACGCUUAGCUAGUCAAGGCUAGUUGAUAGCUCGCUGAAUGGUCACGCUGCCUUACCAAAUCGAUGCCAGCAGAAUUCUCAAAACAUGGGCUCUGUCAAGAUGAAAUACGUCACUGUGGUACACGCCAGCUCAAAACGAUGGUUUUACUUUAUAAUGACCACGUCGGAGUUAGAAUUUAUUCAAGGCCUGCGUGCUGUUUUGUUUCUUUCACUACCCACCCUGGCUCUUCUUCUUGGCUGCUCCCCUCGGUGGCCGGCGUACGUUUCUGCCCCCCAGUGGCACGAACAGUGAAUUCAUCUGCAAUAAGUUUUCGUAUAUGGCGUAGCUUUUACAAAAAAAAAAAGAAGCUUUGUAGCAAGUUAAUUGAGCUGUCAAACGAAAAUAUACUGAGCCAACGCGGUUGUGACAGUCAGCUUGGACUGCACACGUGAAAAUAGAAGUCAAGGAGCUGUUUGUUUGUUAAUAAGAAAAACGUUAGCGUCUAAACAAGCCUUGCGUGCUCCUGCUGCACUUUCGUCACAAUUGCUGUGCUGCCUGCAGCCGACGCACUGACCAGAAAAAGUAACUACGAAAUACUGGACGUGGAGCCAACACCAAGUAAGGGUUAGAUUAAAAAAAAAAAAAAAAAAAUUGCCGUUAUGCACCACCCAGAUAAAAACAGGAGCGGCUUUGCAGAGAAGACAUUCGGGGAGAUUGUUGAUAGUAAACACCAUUUACACAGUGAUCAUUUCUGCACCAUCUUAUUAUGUUUGACAGUUGACCUUUAGCCUAAUACUCAGCAAACACUGUCCAAUUUUAACUUUUGUAGUCUAUAAAAUGUAAAAAGACCCUAAAACUGGUUAUUACAUUACAUCCCAACGUAUCAUAGGACUUAGCAGCUACCACGAAAAUAUGCUCUCAUGUGGCUCAGAGCGUUUGCCAUCAAAAUGCAUUUAGAGUGUUUGGACUGAGAAAAUGAAUACUGUAAACUAUUUUCAGGUGAUAGGGGCCGAGCUCUGGCGCAAAUAGCAAAAUAAUAAUAAUAAUAAUAAACAGUAUAGUAUAUACUUCUUUCACACUGAGGGGGCACUGUGAUGGUGAAGAUAAAAGCGCUACAUAGGGCCAUUUUCAAAGCAAAAGUUCCUCAUAUCGCCUGUCGUUUUAGAGCAUUUUGACUCACCUUUCAAGACCCACACAAAAUUGUGUUCUGUGACAAUAAGAACUGAACCUACCAAAAGAAGGUUCUUCUUUUUUCUUGUACGAGGAAACCCCCCCCACAAAAGCACAGGUCGAGCAUGCAAACAUGCCAUACAGGAAGGAGAACUAUCAAUCUCAGAAUUGUGAGGCAGACAUUCUAACCACUACUUCACCGCGCUGCCCUCCUUCAUAACUCAAAAAGUUUUUGUCUGGAAUUGUACCAAAUGUAAUGGGUUUGUGGUUAUCGUUCCACCUUUUGUUUCAAGUUUCAUAAAAGUCGGGAAUCUUAGGGUUAGUUAGUUUCCAACAAACAACCAUCAAACAAACAAUACCUCUCACCUUUGUGCAUAAUAAACUACAACAUUUUAACAGUUGUACGGCUGUAUGCCAUUGCAUUUAGUGCAGAGUACCUUUACUCCAGCCCUUUAUUGCAGCCCUAUUUUAUUAUAGGAUACUUAGAACAAUGAAAAAAAGAAGAGCCAUUAAAAGGCUUUUUGUGCAUGAAUUUUAGAUAGUCGAAGUACUCUACACUGUCUUCCCUCCAUUUUUCCCUAAGCGUACUCACUGCUUCCCAACAAGUAGACGAAGAGGCUCUAUGACACUUUGGGUCAUGAUGCCUUACUGAAAAACAAGGCCACUUUGGACCCCGUGGAAGAAGACAAGGAGAACUCCUUCAGCUUUUUGGACAGACAUUUGUAGACAUAUUUUUGACAAGGUGACACACUUCUUCUCUCAUGAUGGAGAGGAUGAGGAGUUAAAGUUUUGACUGACCUGUUGGGGAUGAAAAUGAAGAUUACUUCUAGAUGAUUUUUAUUUUAUUUAUUUUUUACUUUAUUUCAGUGUGUGUGUAUUUUUUAAUAUCUUGUACUAUAUCGUCUGUGUGUCAUAAUAAAGUCGUAUUAAAGCCUUAUAUUAGUGUUAUUAUGUCUUCACUAGCUAUCUGUGCUGCCUCUUUUAUUGGUUAUCUUCUAAAUUCAACCCUUCUUUACAGGUCGCUGAUAUGGCUGGCAUGCCCCCUUCUCCCAUGUGGGUGUGUCGAAAGUCCUGAGUUACUGACUAACGCACCAUUUACUCCCUUUUUUUCCCCCUUGGCUAGCACUUUAGAUUUGGGACAGUUGCACUCCAUUUCUCAUCAAGCCAGCGUGCACUUUGACCCAAAGGAUAUCCUGUGCCUUCUCAGCAGUUACAGCUCAAGCACAUUGCAGCCAGCUGACAAAAGAGCUUAAAUGCACAUUUCCACCCGAACAAACAAGGACUUCUUAGCAUUUUCUGAAACAGAAAACAAGCAAGACUGAAAACUUUGGCUCAGAAGUUUGACGAUGAUGGAAGAGGUGAAAGAAGAGGUGCCUUCUCUGAGUGUUCAUGGUCAUAGCGUCAAGGUUGCAGAGGUGCUGCAAGACGGAGAUGGACUUACCUUUCUAAUUGUGUCUCAAAAACUGUCUGGGACGGGAGAGUACCAUGUGGACCGGAUUUAUGAGGAUUUUGAAUGGCUGCAGCAGCACCUCUUCGCUCAGGAGGAUGUGCCUGGGAUACAGGGAGUUAUAUUUCCUCCUCUUCCUGUAAAGGCUCAGAUGAAUGCAACAGCAAAGGCCGCCAGACAGCUUGGUUUCCUCGGUUUGGGGAACUUGCAGCCGUACUGUGCAGCACUGGAAACCUUCCUCCACCAGGUGGCAGCACACAACCUACUCACAAAAAACAAAGCUUUGGAGAUCUUCCUCACCAGCUCCGAACCGCCAGGUCGACAGAGAGCCAAGAAAAACAUUUUCAAUCGCUUGAGUCAAGCUGUGGAAGAGAUGAGAAAAGAAGGCCACAAGGAUGUUGAUGAGUUCUUUCAAACCAAACGGGAAAUCAAUCACUCUCUAACUGGUGGCACCAGAAACGCAGUGGAGAAAUUCCUGGAUGUGGUGGUAACUGAGCAAAAAAUAGCAGUGGCCUGUGGGCACUUUGCAGCAGCCCUGCAUCUGUGUGUGGAAUCAAGUGAUGAUCCUGACAAAGCAGCUUUUUCAAAGAUUUGUGUAAAAUUAUCAGACAUCUUUGAGUCAAUGAAGGAGAGUAUGACCAAUGUUGCUGAGAAUGAUGUGACCACUCUCGGACUCGGCCUGGAUCUGGAGUCACGCUAUCAGGAAGCAGAAAAAGAGAUGCUUUUCAGAAGGACCUGUAAACUAGUGGAGUUGGAAACUGCCAGAAAGAAUGCAGAGAAGGCCAAGCCAGUCAAGAAGGCUGCUUUGGAGGAGGUGAAGACAGCAACAGAAACAAAGUUUGAUUGCAUUUGUCAAGUGGCAAAACAAGAGAUUGAGCACUUCGAGGGUGCUCGUGUGCAGAUGUUGCAGCAGGCUCUGGUGAAGUGGUGUGAAAAGCAGCUCCACACAGCCCGGGAAAUCGCAGACCAGUACGACCAGCACCUGCAGGCCUUCAGAGGGAUGUGACCCCCUCGUCCACCGCGUGCACUUCCAGUGUGUUUGAACAUACGGAAGCAUGUCACUUGGUUGCAUUUAAGUGCAAAUGACGCUCAGUGAAAACAGAAAUAUAAGCUCAUGAGACCAUGUCAAAACUACAUGCAAUGACAAUGAUUAUCUGUCCAUUUUCUACACUACUUUCUUGUUUGAUGUUAUGAUCCCACCAA